UUAAAAUUAAUCCCCAAACUCCCAUAUCCCAUUCGUUGUUUUCCCAAUUUGCAUUUACUCUCUUUUCUCUAAUUGGUCUCGGCCUCUCUCUGCGUUUCGUUCUCCCUGAGGAGGUGCUAGAGCCAAUCACCUCACCUCUUCGGAAACCCUUUUCUGUGUGACUAAGAAAGCAACCAAAAUCAAUGGCGUCUGAAAACUUCACCGACAAAAAUGCUGUGUUCAGAAAGCUCAAAGCCAAAUCCGAUAACAAGAUGUGCUUCGAUUGCAAUGCCAAAAACCCUACAUGGGCAUCUGUGACGUAUGGGAUCUUCCUUUGCAUCGAUUGCUCCGCUGUUCAUCGCAGCCUUGGAGUACACAUCAGUUUCGUCAGGUCUACAAAUUUAGAUUCUUGGAGUCAUGAGCAAUUGAGGAUGAUGAGCUUUGGGGGAAACAAUCGUGCACAGGUUUUCUUCAAGCAACAUGGAUGGACUGAUGGGGGGAAAAUUGAGGCCAAGUAUACAUCUAGAGCUGCUGAUUUGUAUAGGCAAAUACUUUCAAAAGAAGUUGCCAAAAGUAUGGCAGAAGAUGCAGGCUUGCCAUCAUCGCCUGUUGCUUCUCAGUCAGCCCAAGUGUCCAAUGGACUUCCUGAUAACAAGGUCGAUGAGACUCCUAAAGAAAGUUCAUUAGAAAAGCAAGAAACAACUGAUGUUGCUCAUUCCCUAAAAACUUCUCGUUCAGUUAUUACCGGUUUAAUCAAGAAGCCUGUUGGUGCAAAGAAAACCGGGAAGACGGGGGGCCUUGGUGCUAGAAAGCUUACCACAAAGCCCAGUGAAAAUCUCUAUGAUCAGAAACCUGAAGAACCAGCUCUUCCUGUUCCUUCAUCUAGUAACACCACCACUCCAAAAGCUGGCACAUCGUUUGUAUCUCGCUUUGAAUAUGUGGAUGAUGUCCAAUCUACUGAGCUCAUUUCUGGAGGUCCGCAAGUGAUUAGCCAUGUAUCACCACCAAAGUCAUCAAGCUUCUUUGCAGAAUUUGGAAUGGAUAGUGGAUUUCAGAGGAAAUCAAACUCAAACUCCUCAAAGGUGCAGAUUCAGGAAACAGAUGAAGCAAGGAAAAAGUUCUCAAAUGCAAAAUCAAUCUCAUCAGCCCAGUACUUUGGAGAUCAGAGCAAAGCCACCGAUGUUGAUGCUCAAGUUUCCUUGCAGAAAUUCACAGGUUCCUCAGCAAUCUCCAGUGCUGAUCUUUUUGGCAACGGCAAUGAUAACUCCAUUGAUAUUGCUGCAAGUGACCUGAUUAACCGGAUAUCUUUCCAGGCACAGCAGGAUAUUUCUUCCCUCAAGAAUAUUGCAGGAGAGACUGGGAAGAAACUCAGCUCGUUAGCGUCCACCUUAAUAACUGAUCUUCAAGAUCGAAUCCUCUGAUUUGGGUUUAUUCGAUGUUAAAAAAUUAUCCAAAGGGGUUUGUUACAUUGACAGCCAAUAUUUGUGUAGUGGAAUGUAAAAUGAGUCGAUUAUAAAAUUCUUUUGGAACACAAAUAAAAUUAUAACUUUUCAAGGUGGUAUUAUUUUCUAGUGCAGGUUGUUUUGAGAUUAAUUCUGUUUAGUUAUUUCACUUAGAAACUAUAUCAGUUUGUAAAUCAGAACAGUUUUCUUGCACUGUAUUCGUGUAGGAACUGAUAUUAUGAACAGUUUAUUGAUGAGAAAACUACACAGAUCUAUCCUGCAA